GCGGCGGCCUUAAGGGCGGCGGCGGCGACCCAGAGGGGCCCAGUCGGCCUGUCAGCCGGCUUGGAGGGACCGCUCGGCGCUUGCGCGACGACAGCGGCCAUGGCGGCGGAGGAGGAGGAGGUGGACUCGGCGGACGCCGGCGAGAGAUGCCUUAGAACUUGGAUCCUCAGCCUUCCUAAUAAGGUCGGCGCUCAGCUGAUGGGGCUGUGUAGAAAACCUUUUGAUGCACGUUGGUCAGGAUGGCUAACUGGUUGGCUUCCUACAUGGUGCCCUACGUCUACAUCACACCUUAAAGAAGCUGAAGAGAAAAUUUUAAAAUAUGUCCCCUGCACAUACAAAAAAGAACUUGUUCGUAUAUCUAAUGGAAAUAAAAUAUGGACACUGAAGUUCUCGCAUAAUAUUUCAAAUAAGACUCCACUUGUCCUCCUUCAUGGUUUUGGAGGAGGACUUGGACUCUGGGCACUGAAUUUUGAAGAUCUUUGCACUGAUAGACCCGUCUAUGCUUUUGACCUCUUGGGCUUUGGACGAAGUAGUAGACCCAGAUUUGACAGUGAUGCGGAAGAAGUGGAGAAUCAGUUUGUGGAAUCCAUUGAAGAGUGGAGAUGUGCCCUAGGAUUGGACAAAGUGAUCUUGCUUGGACACAACCUGGGUGGGUUCUUGGCUGCUGCUUACUGUUUGAAGUACCCAUCAAGGGUUAAUCAUCUCAUUUUAGUGGAGCCUUGGGGUUUUCCUGAGCGACCAGACCUUGCUGAUCAAGACAGACCAAUUCCAGUUUGGAUCAGAGCCUUGGGAGCAGCAUUGACUCCUUUUAACCCUUUAGCUGGCCUCAGGAUUGCAGGGCCCUUUGGUUUAAGUCUGGUGCAGCGUUUAAGGCCUGAUUUCAAACGGAAGUAUUCUUCGAUGUUUGAAGAUGAUACUGUGACAGAAUACAUCUACCACUGUAAUGUACAGACUCCAAGCGGUGAGACAGCAUUCAAAAAUAUGACUAUUCCUUACGGAUGGGCAAAAAGGCCAAUGCUCCAGCGAAUUGGUAAAAUGCACCCUGACAUUCCAGUUUCAGUGAUCUAUGGCGCCCGAUCCUGCAUAGAUGGCAAUUCUGGUACCAGCAUCCAGUCAUUACGACCACAUUCAUAUGUGAAGACAGUAGCCAUUCUUGGGGCAGGGCAUUAUGUGUAUGCAGAUCAACCAGAAGACUUCAACCAGAAAGUAAAAGAGAUCUGUGACACUGUGGACUGAGCACACUGAAGAUGAUGUGGCAAAACAUACUGACUGAUACAAUCCCUCAGCAGUAAUUCAGUCGAUGGUGAAGAGUAAGGAAUACAACAAAAGAAUGAGGCAGUCUUCUUGACUGUACUUUGCACAUGUUUUCUUUGUGAAGUUGCUUGCACAUUUAAACCAGUUAGUGCCUUCUAGAAGAAUGGCUUUCCUUUCUCCUACACAAAAUCGAAAUAUACAAGAGUCUCUAAAGCUAAUAGCUUUAAUAAAGGUUAUUUGUCCUUCUGCUAUAGUGAAAAAUUAGAAUUUUUCAACUGAAAUUCUUUUUAUUUCUAUAUAACUUUGCUAUGUCAAGUACUUUUUAUAUUACAUUCUAUAUUGCCAAUUUUAAAGAGUGAUUUCUGGGUCUAUUAUUUUAUAUCCUGUAAAAGUGCACUUUAUUUUCUUUGCUUGUUGUUACCAUGUCUAAUAACUGAUAUAGUUAAUCAAAAUUCAAUGUGUUUUUAUGUAAAACUGUCACUUGUGUAGAAUACUUCAUUUUGAAAUGGAGUGAUGAGAUAGCAUUUUGGUUAAAAAGAUGGGAGUUGAUCACUAGCAUUAAUUUUUCUGGUUUUCCCAUGUUCUCUAUUUAUGGCUGCAAAGCCAUGUUCAACGUUUUGAAUGUCAUCCAUCCUGACAUAUCUGCAUCAGCAUAACUCUGUGGAGUCGUCUAUUUGUGAUAUAAUUCUCCACUUCCAGCGAAACAUGACAUUAAUACUUAAGAGAUUCAAGUACUGAAAAGCCUUAAGUAAAAGAACUGUUCUUUUUAAAAACCCCCAUUAGUACUCUUCUGUGAACCAGGAUGCAGCUUUUCAAAGGAACAGAUUCCCUGACUGAGAGGAUAUUAAGACUGUUACCUUCCAGUAAGCCAAAUCAUAUAUUUUCAUUAACAUCUAACUCUAUAGAUGGGUGCUAAAACUGGAUUACAUUUUUACCACUAAAAUAUAAAAAUAGUUGGUGCUAUUAUGUCUCACAGCACCAGAAAUAAGGUAGCACUUGGGUUUUGUUUUUUUUUGAGUUUUGUGUUAAUUAAAUAAUUUACAUACUUGAAGUUAUAUUACAAAAAUUCUAUCAGGUUGAUUGAACUAUUUAACAAUAAUUACCAUCAAGUGUAGCACUUUCUUGCUGUUUUAAAGUGAGGAAAACUUCUUUGAAACUGUGAAAAAGCUCCAUGUGGUAACUGGCUGCUGAGAAAACCCUCUGAAGAAGAAAAUUGAAUAGAAUUGUCACCAAAAAGGCAUCUUUGCCGUAUAUUUUGCUGACAAAACCUUGCUUGUCUAGGAAAAACGUGAUUAUGUAAAUAAAAACAGUGAGGUAGAACAAGUAAUGGUUUGAUGGUUUUGACUAUUACAUUUUUUAAAUGGUUAAUUAGGAGAUUUGUAAUUGUUAGGAAUUGUAAGGUGGUAUCACCGUUGAUUAACUGCCAGAAAGACCAAAUGUUCUGUUUUCAGCAUCAUCUCCCCUACAAAAGAAUAGGCAAAUUAUACUGAAGCAUGACAGAUAGCUUCCCCAUGAACAGUUUGUCUCACUUGUCGGAUUAGCUAGAUUAAUGUGAAAGGUAACGUGAGAGCCAAGACAUGUUGUAAGAUUUCUCUACUUUAAGAACGAAAGUAGCCUUUACUUUUUUGUUAGUAUUUUGGAUGGCCAGAUUCAAACCUCUAAGUGGUAAAAUAAUUUGGGUAAUAUUUUUGUUUGGUAUAUUCUCCAGUGUCUCUUAAUUAUUCUUUGCUGGCCAUAUGACAGUUUUCACUUGUACAGGAGUUUCUGCCCAGGAAACUUGGUUCCAGCCCUUGAGGAAAGUUACUGGGUUCACUUAGUAAGCUACGGGGUUUCUGGCCACGUAUGUGCCAAGUGAUUCAGGAAAAAGAUGUACCCAAAUGUCAGGUAGAACUUAUUUUCCCACUGACUGAUUUUGCUUUAUUUGAAAAAUAGUGUCAUAAUUCUUUUUAAAAGUUAAAUUUUACCUUGGGCUAUAGUAUAUGUAAUUUUGUGAAGAUUGAACUAGCAGAGAAGGUCACAAUCCUCAAAUUCCUGAAAAUAUGUGGGUGCUAAAUGUUUUCUUUAAAAAAAAUUCUGUUAGAGUAAUUGAUCUCUGCUAGAUUAUGCACAGUGUACUUUAUUUUACAGAAUAAAUUUUACUGUGAUA